ACAAAAGGAACAAGCUGUUGAAUGGUAUAAGAAAGGAAUUGAAGAACUGGAGAAAGGAAUAGCUGUCUUAGUAAUUGGCCAAGGUGAUCAGUGUGAACGGGCGCGACGUCUGCAAUCUAAAAUGAUGACAAAUUUGGCAAUGGCCAAGGAUCGCUUGCAGCUUUUAGAGAAGCUGCAGGCAGUUUUGCAAAUUUCCAAGCCGCAAAUGGAGGUCUAUAAUGACAGUACUAACCUGGCAUGCCGCAAUGGACAUCUCCAGUCAGAAAGUGGAGCGGUUCCAAAAAAGAAGGAUCCCUUAACACACACGAGUAAUUCCCUUCCACGUUCAAAAACUGUUGCAAAAACUGGAUCCACAGGCCUUUCAGGUCACCAUAGAACACCUAGCUACAGUGGGAUAUCAACUUCUGUGUCUAGACCAGCACCUAAUCCUGCAGCUUCAACCCAUAAGGCUGCUCCUAAAAACAGCAGAACAAAUAAGCCUUCUACUCCUACCCCUGCUCCUCGAAAAAAGAAAGACUUGAAGAUAUUUAGAAAUGUGGACAGUAAUCUUGCUAAUCUUAUCCUGAAUGAAAUUGUUGAUAGUGGGCCAGCUGUCAAAUUUGAUGAUAUCGCAGGGCAGGAACUGGCUAAACAAGCUUUGCAAGAAAUUGUUAUCCUUCCUUCUCUUAGACCUGAGUUAUUUACAGGACUUAGAGCACCUGCACGUGGUUUAUUGCUGUUUGGCCCACCAGGAAAUGGGAAGACAAUGUUGGCCAAAGCAGUUGCUGCAGAAUCAAAUGCUACUUUCUUUAAUAUAAGUGCAGCGAGCCUAACUUCAAAAUACGUGGGUGAAGGGGAGAAACUGGUGCGUGCUCUAUUUGCAGUAGCCAGAGAACUUCAGCCUUCUAUAAUUUUUAUUGAUGAAGUUGAUAGCCUUUUGUGUGAAAGACGAGAAGGUGAACACGAUGCUAGUAGGCGUCUGAAAACAGAGUUUUUAAUAGAAUUUGAUGGUGUGCAGUCUUCUGGAGAGGACAGAAUACUUGUGAUGGGAGCAACAAACAGGCCACAGGAGCUUGAUGAUGCUGUUCUCAGACGAUUCACCAAACGGGUAUAUGUGUCUUUACCAAAUGAGGAAACAAGAUUGAUUUUGCUGAAAAAUCUUCUAAGCAAGCAAGGAAGUCCAUUGACCCAAAAAGAGCUGGCACAACUAGCUAGAAUGACAGAUGGAUAUUCUGGAAGUGACUUAACUGCAUUAGCAAAGGAUGCAGCACUGGGCCCUAUUCGAGAAUUAAAACCAGAACAGGUGAAGAACAUGUCUGCCAGUGAGAUGAGAAAUAUCAAACUAUCAGAUUUCACUGAGUCUUUGAAGAAGAUAAAACGCAGUUUGAGCCCUCAGACCCUGGAAGCAUAUAUUCGCUGGAACAAGGACUUUGGAGAUACCACAGUGUGAAACACUACUUGAAGUGAAACAAGUGCUGCCUGAGGAGCAGUUGGUACAGACUACUGGAGAGCAGCCAGAGUUUACAGGACUUUACAGAUCUUUAAGUAUCUGCAUUAAAACUUGAGAUUAAGAAGAAAUUAAUGUGAAACGUGUUCAUCAAAGCCUCCUUGCCAUUUAGUGAGGAUUUACAUACUGUAAGUAAGAGCACAAUAGGACUUGAGAUAAGAUUCCUAGCAAUCUGAUUAUGGUUUGAACAAUAAUAUAUGUAUUUUGUUUCAGCUAGAAGGCUCUGAUGAUAUUAAUCAUUGGAAGACCUUUUCCCUAUGUUGUGUGUGUGUGUGUGUGUGUGUGUGGUUUUUUAAUCUUUAAUUUUGCCAUGACAUUGAUGUCUGGCUUUCUUCCUGAUAGUACUAACUUGCAAUUGGAGGUUUGUAAACUUUGGUUCAGUUUUUGACUUUUUUAUCCUUAAUGUGCCAAAUAAAACAAUUUCCCUAUGCAGAGGGGAAGAACAGCAUUGGGAAAUUAUGAUUAUUAAAAUGUAAAAAGCAGCUGGUCUGUUAUUAUUUGUCUUUUUGUUUAGUUGUAAUGUGACUGUAUUGUUCACAGAACAGUUUUAAGAAGACCUUUGAUAGCAGAACAGCAAAAAACCUCAACCCUAUAAAACCAAUUCAAACCGUCUUUUAAAAAAGAAAAUAAAUUACUAAAUGAAAACAUAGACUAAGACAUUUAUUUACUGGCAGUAUUUUCUCUUAAUGCAUUUUGUAACGCUUCCACUGGUAGAAUGUUAGCUUAUGCUUAUGGUAUGCAACUUGAAGCCCAGCUGAUGUUUGAGAGAGUAAGUGAUGCUAAUUGUCAGUUUUCAGAAAUGAUGUGUUUCUACUCUGUAUUUUGGUCUGUUUAUGAUAAUUGAAAGUAAAAUUGCCAUUGUGAUAAUUUUUUUUUAAUCUACACGUGUAAGAAUUAAAAUACAAGGCUACAUGUUUAAUACAUGGCACACAUUAAUGUUUUUAUAGCUUUCAUAUGUUUUGGUUUAUAUAUUAAAGUACAAAACACUCAACUGAUCCGCUUUUUUUAAAAAGAAACUGCAUCUUUGUACAAAUACUUGUUUUUAUUAUAUAAAUGACAAGGUAUUAAAAAAACCACGUAAGUGUUAGCCUUUAAAUACUAUAAUAAAGGAAAACAUCUUUGCCUUUA